CGAAAGAUGGAAGAAGUACGGGGCUAAAACUGUAUGUUCCAAUAAUAUUUGAGAUGCGAAGGUCUGAGCUUCCAGUUUUCAUCAGAACAAUCCCUAGAGCAAUUUCUCCGAUUUUCCGAUAGAUAGAUUUCCGAUUUCAAUCACCGUGCCUCCGCCGCAUUGACGAAUCUAGCUUAUCGAGGGCGUCAACAUGGGUCAGGGUCCAUCAGGUAUGAACCGCCCGCCGGGCGAUAGGAAGGGAGAUGGCGACAACAAGAAGGAGAAGAAGUACGAGCCCGCCGCCCCGCCUUCCCGAGUCGGGCGGAAGCAGAGGAAGCAGAAGGGUCCCGAGGCGGCGGCGCGGCUGCCGACGGUGACGCCUUUGUCUAAGUGCAAACUGAGGUUGCUUAAGAUGGAGCGAAUCAAGGAUUACUUGUUGAUGGAGGAGGAAUUCGUCGCGAAUCAGGAGAGGUUGAAGCCUCAGGAGGAGAAGAAUGAGGAGGAUCGAUCUAAGGUCGACGAUCUCAGAGGGUCGCCGAUGAGCGUCGGGAAUCUCGAGGAGCUGAUUGAUGAGAAUCACGCCAUUGUUUCUUCCUCCGUUGGUCCCGAGUACUACGUUGGAAUUCUCUCCUUUGUCGAUAAGGACCAGCUUGAGCCCGGCUGCUCGAUUCUGAUGCACAAUAAGGUCCUUUCUGUUGUUGGCCUUCUGCAAGAUGAGGUUGAUCCCAUGGUUUCAGUAAUGAAAGUCGAGAAAGCUCCACUCGAAUCAUAUGCCGACAUUGGUGGGUUGGAUGCUCAAAUACAGGAGAUUAAGGAAGCAGUGGAGCUUCCUCUUACACAUCCUGAACUAUAUGAAGACAUCGGGAUUAGGCCCCCUAAAGGAGUCAUUCUCUAUGGGGAGCCAGGAACAGGGAAGACACUGCUUGCUAAGGCUGUUGCAAAUUCUACAUCGGCGACUUUCUUACGCGUGGUAGGAAGUGAACUGAUUCAGAAGUAUCUAGGUGACGGUCCAAAACUAGUUAGGGAGUUGUUUAGAGUUGCUGAUGACCUUUCGCCUUCAAUUGUCUUCAUCGAUGAAAUUGAUGCAGUUGGCACAAAGAGGUAUGAUGCAAAUUCUGGUGGUGAGCGCGAGAUCCAGAGGACUAUGUUAGAACUGCUGAACCAGCUGGAUGGUUUUGAUUCGAGGGGAGAUGUGAAAGUGAUUCUUGCAACCAAUAGAAUCGAGAGUCUCGAUCCUGCUCUGUUGCGUCCAGGGCGUAUAGACAGGAAGAUUGAAUUCCCUCUUCCCGACAUCAAAACUAGGAGGCGCAUCUUCCAGAUCCAUACAUCGAGGAUGACAUUAGCAGAUGAUGUUAACUUGGAGGAGUUUGUGAUGACCAAGGAUGAAUUUUCAGGAGCUGACAUCAAAGCAAUCUGCACUGAGGCUGGUUUGCUUGCUUUAAGAGAGCGGCGUAUGAAGGUAACCCAUGUCGACUUCAAGAAAGCGAAGGAGAAGGUUAUGUUCAAGAAGAAAGAAGGGGUGCCAGAAGGACUAUACAUGUGAAGAACGCCUCCUAUCAUUCCCUCCAGAACUGAGAAAAUGCUUUCUUUACUUGUUGGUCAAGUUCUUCGUCUUUCGUUUGUCCCUUGUAGCUUUUGCUGUUCGAGCACCAUCUUGCCACUGUAUUUAAUGCUUUCCAAUGCCAUCGUCUUAUAAGUUAUGACCUUCCCAUAUUCCAUAUUGUAGUUAGAUGAUUUGAGCAUGAGAAACCUCAAAGUUGGUUCUUUCCAAGUGAGGCUUAACUGCUGGGUAAAGGGUAGAUGAUUUGUUCCACUCUGGAUCAAAGUGGAUACUGAAGUAUUCAUUCCGGUUCUGUUUAAUCAUUCUUGAUUGUCAAUCAAGACACGGUAGAAUCGAAUCGUUCACGUAAGUUGUUUCCUUCAUUGAAACAAACCAUACAGAACUGGGUGUGCUUUUGU